UCAGAAACACCCGUGUUUUCACCCUAUGGGUCCAUGGGACACGGACUGGGUUAACAAAUUCCUUCGUUCUCCGCUAAGCGAAAGAAACAGGAAAGGGCUGGACCGGAGACACUAGGGCUCCAUCUUUCUUCCCUCACUUUCCAUCUCAAGGCGAGUGGAAGCGCGUGAACCGCUGGAUUUGGGAUCGGAAACUUAUUAGCAAUCAACUGUUUAGAUGUUAGUAAAGGGAAGGAAAGUCUCCGGCAGGGGAGAAGCGGUAACAGCAAACUAUGCUUUUGGCCCACAUGAAGAGGACGUAAUUAUAAAACACAGGCUUCUCACCCGCACCACAACCACAAGGGGUGAACCUCCAUUGAAGAAACUUCAGAAGAAGUUCACCACUUUUGUCCUUGAGGUUGAGAAAGAUGCAGGUCAUUAUGGUGACUGUGAGAAACUGGCCAAAGCUUUCUUACAAGAGUUGUCGACGUUCGAAAUUCCACUCCUCAAGAGCAAAGCGGUUGUUGAUGCGAACAUAAGAGAGAAGGAGAACUUCAACGAGUUGAAAGAUGAUAUAAACAGGCAGAUUGUGCAGGCACAGGCUGACAUAGAAGAUCUUAAGAAGCAGCUUGUAGAGAGUAAGAUUGAGAGGCAGCACAAAGAGGAGUGUGAGGCAAUCAGAAAAUUGAUUGCCACACAGCCACCUAGAUCAGAGACACAGAAGCUCAUAACUGAACUGGAGAAAGAGAUUGCAGCUUUGGAUGCAGAGAACACAGCUGGUUCAAGAUUGCUUGAGCUUCGCAAGAAACAGUUCGCUCUUUUACUGCACGUGGUGGAUGAGUUGCAGAAUACCAUAGAGGAGGAGCAGAAAAGUUUGGUUGAGGAGAUGAGACUUGCGACUGAAGAACAGAAGAAUGGGAUUGAGGACGCCAGUGGGGGCUCAGAUGCCAUGGCUGUUGACUAGUGACUAUCUGAAACUCAAUAUUACAGUUGUAAGAUUGUAAUCCCUUUUGAUGUAUUUCGGUUUAUGCGUAGUUUUUUCUUGAUCUUGUAUAAUUAAGAAAUGUAAUGGAAUAUCAGAACAUCUCUCUCAUGUUUUGUAGCAAUAGUUAGUUAAACGAAGACAUCUAUUGUUAUUUUGAAAUUAGCUAAUUCUCCUAAA